AUGGCGGAUGUUGUUAAUAAACAUGAUGAAAAUGAAGGAGAUGACUUAUAUACAGAAGAUGGAACGCUCGACAUUCGUAAAAGACCUGCCAACAAGAAAAAGACGGGAAAGUGGAAAGCAUGCAGCUUUAUUCUCGGAAAUGAAUGUUCUGAGAGAUUGGCUUACUAUGGCAUGAGUACGAACUUGGUGAACUAUCUUCAUGACCAAUUCGGACAAGAUAAUGCAACUGCUGCAAAAAAUGUCAACACAUGGUCGGGAACAUGUUAUCUCACACCGUUGCUUGGAGCAUUUUUAGCCGAUUCAUACUUGGGGAGAUACUGGACAAUCGCCAGUUUCUCGUGUAUCUAUGUCAUUGGAAUGGCGCUUUUAACAUUUUCUGCUGUUGCGCCUGGAUUGAAGCCGCCGUGCGAUGCUAAUGGUUGCCAUCCAACAUCGGGACAAACUGCAGCUUGCUUUAUAUCACUCUACUUGAUUGCUCUUGGGACCGGCGGUAUCAAACCAUGUGUUUCAUCUUUUGGUGCUGACCAAUUUGACGAUAACGACGUGGCUGAGAAGAAAAAGAAAAGUUCUUUUUUCAAUUGGUUCUAUUUCUCAAUCAAUAUUGGCGCACUCAUUGCCUCGUCGGUGUUGGUUUGGAUUCAGAUGAAUGUGGGAUGGGGAUGGGGUUUUGGAGUACCUGCAGUUGCAAUGGUUAUCGCGGUAAUAUUUUUCUUCAUCGGAAGUCGAUGGUAUAGACUUCAAAUACCUGGUGGAAGUCCCAUAACAAGGAUAUGUCAAGUUCUAGUUGCGGCAUUUAAGAAACAUGCGCUAAAAGUUCCAGAUGAAAAGUCUCUUUAUGAGACUACGGAUUCAGAGUCUAAUAUCAAAGGGAGCCGCAAACUCGAACAUACAAAUGAAUUGAAGUGUUUGGAUAAGGCGGCAAUAGAGACAGAAUCCGACCAGACUAGAGAUGUACCGAGUCCAUGGAGGCUUUGCACAGUAACGCAAGUCGAGGAGCUCAAAGCGGUUAUCCGAAUACUUCCCGUUUGGGCAUCACUGAUAGCCUUUGCAACGGUAUACAGUCAAAUGGGAACAAUGUUUGUGUUACAAGGAAACACAAUGGAUCAACACAUUGGCCCUAAGUUCGAAAUUCCAUCAGCAUCCCUCUCCCUUUUCGACACUCUAAGUGUCAUCUUCUGGGCUCCAGUCUACGACCGCAUCAUUGUCCCCUUCGCAAGAAAGUACACCGGCCACGAACACGGAUUCACGCAACUUCAACGUAUAGGAAUCGGCCUAGUCAUCUCCAUCAUUUCCAUGAUCGUGGCCGGCAUUCUAGAAGUCGUCCGUCUCGACAUAGUUCGAAAAAACAACUACUACGAACUCAAAACCAUCCCCAUGUCGAUCUUUUGGCAAGUACCUCAGUAUUUCCUCAUCGGUGCAGCCGAAGUCUUCACAAAUAUCGGUCAGAUGGAGUUCUUUUACGGCGAGGCACCUGAUGCAAUGAGAAGUUUGUUAUCCGCACUGUCACUAACAACUAAUGCAUUGGGAAAUUAUGUGAGUACAUUACUUGUUAUUAUCGUCACAAAAGUUACUACAAAAAAUGGAAAUCUCGGUUGGAUACCAGAUAAUAUGAAUAGGGGUCAUCUCGAUUAUUUCUACUGGCUUUUAACCAUUCUUAGUAUGAUCAACUUCAUCGUAUAUCUAUGGAUUGCGAAGAGAUAUACAUACAAAAGUGUCAAGAAAUAG